AUGUCAAGAACAUCUGCAGUUGCACCAACAGCAUCUGGCUCGAAUGGCCAAAAAGUCAAGACGCCUCUUAAAAAAGAAGAAUUGGAUGAAAUAGCUCGGCAAUUGAAGAAGAAGUUGUCAAAGGCAAGUAUUGCUGCCAAACAAUCAUUAUCGCCAAUGAGAGCGAGGUCUAGCAGUAUCAACACCAAUAACGACAACAGCAAUAAGAAUAAUAAUAAUAAUUACAAUAACAAUAAUAAUUAUAAGAACAGUGCCAGCAGCAUAUCCACCGUAUCUACCUCAUUUUCCUCCGGUCCUAAAUCAUCUCCAUUGAAAAACCAUAUUCUAAACAGUACGGCCAAAUUCAAGCAGAGCAGAAGAGACUCAUCAUCAACAGAUCUGCAACAGCAUGACUCGUUUGAUUUGUCCUCGUCUUCGCCUAAUUUUUACUCACCAACUCGUCGAUCACCUACUCAUAUGAGAACUCCUGCCGCUGCCUUUUUGUCCUCCUCCCCAUUGAAAAAUGAAUCUUUUACACAUUCCAACGAUGUGAAUGACCUGAUUUUGGUUGACUCACCGACUAAAAAACGAAAGACAAACCUUUCUCCUGGCAAGAUGAUCUUGGCUGAGUUGACGCCACCAGAAGCAGAAAGUAAGCAGCAGCAGCAGCAGCAACAACAACAACAACAACAACAACAACAACGACAACAGCAACAAAGAAAUCCACCUAUGUUGAAACCAUCGUUAGAUGUGUCCUCCUCGUCUUCUUCGUCUUUUUCUUCAUCCUCUUCUGCUAAUGCUAAUCCUACCAGUGUUCGUAAAACUGCUACUGCCACAAAUGCUAACACUACUACUAUUACCGCCACCAACACCACCAACACCACACCAAAAAGAAGAGAAAGUACAAGUAAUGUUAGCCGAGGUAAUGAGAGAGGGAAAGAGGGUGCAGAUACCGCGAAAACACCUGGUCCGGAUGAAACUGAAGGUGCAGACUUGCUAAUCUACCUUGCAACUUCACCAAGCCCUGCAAAGAAAUUUCAAGGAAAACCUCGUAUAUCAUUCAGCACUGCUCCAACACCAAAACAAACACACGCACAGCCUGUAAUGCAUACCCCUCAUUUAUCUGCAGCACAAGCACCCGCUGGAUCAGUGACAAACGUAAACUCAAACUCAAACUCAAACUCAAACUCAAACUCAAACUCAAACUCGCAGCAAAUACAUAUGCAAUCUUCGCAGCAGCAUUUGCAACCUCAUCUGAAUCAACUUUCAUCAUCACUUAUGGCACCACCGGUCACUCCAAAACGCAUAAAUUACCACAACAGCAAUGCGCGUACCCCGCAAAAUAGAUUGACGCCGUUUUUGAACAAUUUGGCAUCAUCAAAUUUGCCCUCUUCAGGCCUUACUUUGACACCAACGGGUUUUAACAUGAAUGAUUAUGUUAACAUUUUCACACCAUCACCGGGUCAAGCAAUGAAGCAAAACUUGUUGAAAACACCGGAUUUUAAUAAUUUGCUUGCUGGUGCAAAUCCAAGUGGUUCAGGACAUACUAAUGCAAUGGGUCCUUUGGGGUUGCAAAAUAAAAGAACAGAGGGCAGCAGAUUAUGGAACUUGAACAAAAACUUGUACCAUGGACAUGGAUCUGGUGUAGAUCAAAACUCCAACUCAACGCGAGAGGAAGUUUAA